CUAAAAUUUUGGGCAUCCGUCGCUCCUGACAUUCCUACGGAGAAGCGCCUUUUGGUCUAGGGAAGCCGCGGGCGGCGGAGAGAGAGACAACAGGGAACGUCGAGGCGAUCGUCCAAAAGAAAAAAAAGAAAAAAAAAUCGGAAAGCAAUGGGGCUGUGGGAUGCGCUCUACCGCGUCGUCAUGCGCCGCAACUCCGUCUACGUGACCUUCGUCGUCGCCGGCGCCUUCGCCGGAGAGCGGGUAGUGGAUUACGGAGUUCACAAGCUGUGGGAGCACGUUAAUGUUGGGAAAAGGUAUGAAGAUAUUCCAGUGUUGGGGCAAAGGCAGCCUGAAUGAUGCUGAUCAAUCUUUUAGCACAUGGUGCAGUGAAUUUGAGUUUAAAAAGUGUUUCUCAAGCUCUUUUUUUUUGUGUAAUAAGUACUUAGAAACCAAAAUAGGAGAAACGAAAAUGGCUUUUGAGUCAGCAGACCUCUUUUUUUUUUUCCCAGUGUCUUGCUUGAACAUUUAAUUUGAUGGUUGAAGUGUCGGCAUGCUCUGAUCUUAUGCAAUCUUGUUUGUAUCUUGAGCAAAAUAAUUUUCAAGAUUUCUUCUAUCAUUUGGGUUGUAACAUUUAAUUCUACAUAAUACUCGGCAGUAAGAUAGUUAUAUUGUUGGAUAA